CUCCUUCUAGAGAACGGACGGAACGGAUAGCAACCAGCGGCCGCAGCACACACCGGCAGUCGCAGUGGCCACAGCAGCACGGGAUUAGUGCUGGCAGCUGAUUAGCAGGCGUUGUCUUAUGCAAUGGCUCGUGAUUACCGAGUACUUUCUAUACAAAGCCACGUAGUGUCGGGGUAUGUGGGUAAUAAGAGCGCCUGCUUUCCACUACAGACUCUGGGAUUUGAAGUGGAUUUCAUAAACUCCGUGCAGUUUUCAAACCACACUGGUUAUCCCUUGUUUCGAGGGCAAGUCCUCAACGCUGAGGAACUACAGGAACUGUACGAUGGGUUGAAGCUCAACAGGAUCAACAAGUACUCUCACGUCUUAACCGGCUAUAUUCCUUCUGAUACCCUUUUGAGCAAGGUUGCCGACAUAGUGACAGAACUGAAGCAAAACAACCCAAACCUCAUGUAUUUGUGCGAUCCGGUGAUGGGAGACGACGGAAGACUGUACGUCCCAGCAUCCUUGGUGCCCAUCUACCGAGACCAGCUGCUCCCUUUAGCAGACGUCAUAACGCCAAACCACUUUGAACUGGAGCAGCUCUCGGUUAGAACGAUCAUCACGGAGACUGACGUGCUAGAAGCAAUGGAGGACCUCCACAAGAAAGGCGUUCCCAUAGUGAUACUGACCUCGUUUCACACACCUGGUGAAGCAAAGCCAAAGGAAAUCAUCCUGUAUGGGAGCAGCAGGAAAGGCGGUGUCCGCACUGCAGUCAAGGUGGAAAUCCCUGCCCUCGAAGCCAAGUUCACGGGGACGGGCGACCUGCUGGCUGCCUGCAUUCUUGCGUGGAUCACACGCACAAACAACCUCAAGGAGGCUUUAGAAAAGGCAGUGGCGACAGUACAGGGUGUCAUACAGAGGACCUUCAAGUAUGCCUCGGAGAAAGAGAAAGACAAAGAGGGCAAAGAAGGAGAGGACGGGCUUCUACCGACGCACACCCUAGAACUACGUCUCGUGCAGAGCAAAGAGCACAUCGAAAAUCCACAUUCGGAUAUACGCGGACUAAAGAUCAUAUAAAACGUGGGGGCUGCCUUCAAAAUGUGGGCUUCCAGUAGAUAUUUCUCCUGCCGGUGCUUUUAUACGGAAGUGUUUCGUACAUAACAAAAAAAAAACUUUGUCAGAGGCAAUACAACUGCAAUAAAAUGGUGUCAAUGUA